CGAAAAAAAAAAAUCCGCUCCCGGCUGACGUACAGGAGUUUGUUUUCAAUGCAUACAUAGUACAUUGACUGGUACUGCACUUAAUUGGACUGUCGUUAUAAACCAUUCAAUAUUGCACCUUGAUGCACAGUGAUAUUAAUACCAUGCGAGGCGCAUCUCACAGGCCGGUCUCCAGGUAUAUGACUUUCACCAGUAUUGCCGGGCACUCCUCAGCAUCCAUGUUCUAUUCUAUCGACAAUUGGAAACGAUACGCACUUUACCAUUAUCGAUCCGGUACCCUGUGUCAUCGCAAAUGGACCUGAAUAGUCAGCACUACUCGGAAAGCUCUUUGGUGAGCCAAACGAUCAAUUCAUUUGGUUACAUCUUUGCCAUCAUGGUUGCUCUGUUUCCUGCUACGCCUUGUAUACUAUGCAGCAAAGCAAGACUUCAUCUCCGUGAACCGGUGUUCAGUAAAUUCUGGACCACUUAGAAUUUAAAUGGUUAUUCCAGAAAAUAAUCAAACUGUCACUUUUUUUGUCCGCCCAACCUGACCUGGAUAGGGUAAAUGCAUCUGUUUGUGUUGUCUGUUUUUGUUCUUUCAAAUCUAGUAUCAAUAGAAGCCAAGGCGAUAACUUCCUCAAAUCCGAGUAGUUUAGACUCGUUGGUUAUCGCAGGAAUUUUUCAUACCGAAAACUAGGU